AUCUUAGCGUUACCGUUGUGGUGUGUUCUCACUUCCAAACAUUGGAUUAUGUGGUAAUGGUAUAUUUCUUAACUAGUUCAUUUUCAAAGGUGGAGAUGUGUCACAGUGUUCAGUCACAAAUAUAUUUUUGAGUUUCACAGCUUAUGCGUCAGAUGCAACCGUAUGAUUCACCAGUUGAUCUCAGAGAUGAUUAUGCUAAUGAGAAUGAAAGCACAUCAGAUUUACGUAGAAGGUUACGUAGAAAUGGAAUGUUACCUCCCCUACUUUUUUAUGAUCGCUCAAUAAAUAUUGGACAUACAGGAACUAUAGUUGAUCCGUACAUCCCUCCUGAUGGUGAUGGUCAAAGUUCAUUGCUGUCAACAAAGAGACUGACUAUUUUAAAAGAUAAUCUUCUUAAUAAGGGAAAAAACUAUAAGGAUUCGUCGCUACUAAAAUCACAUGAACCAUCAUUUAAUUCCAAACAGUUUGCUAUUGAAGCUGAAAAUAUUUAUGUUGAAGCCCAUGAUUUGUUACAAAAUUAUCGUCAAAAUGAAUCCCGAUUAUUUGAACUAGUUACGGAAAAAGCACUAGUAGAUAUGACUGCUGACCUAAAACUUCGAACUCUGCAAUGGAAGUUUGUGGGUAAUAUUGAGCCACCUAGAGUUGUACAAAUACGCUGCAAGGAGCUUAUAUCUAAAGGCAAUUUUUAUGCUCAAGUUACAGUUCGUUUCUAUACACAACAGAUUUUAUCCAUUUAUAAUCGUUUUGGGCGCCUACUAUAUGGCAAUCCGGAUACUGCUGUCGAUGUGCUCGAUUAUGUUGUAUUUGAAAGACAUGUUUCCGAUGAAUAUGGUACAUGGAGAUUACACGGUAAAGUCUCUCAUCCAAACUCUACAGCAAACUACACCUAUAUACCUACUCAGCGGUUAUUCUCAGUGAAUUCAUCAACAACAUCGGAAUCAAACAAAUUGAUCGCAAAUAGUCGAAAUAAUAUUGAUGAUCC